AGCCGACCUGUCGCCGCCGCGUGUUUGCUGGUCGAAAAGGAAUGGCUCCCUUCAGGCGAUGGCACUAUUUGCCCGCUGACCAUGUGGACCCUUCCAAGUGCUCUACCGGCCGGUGGAGAGGAGGACUCAUCUCUUCUACUCGAACCUAUCAACAGCAAGAUGGCCGAUUUGGUCACUGUCUUCCUGCAUUGUGAGCCAGUGGUUCGGUCUCGUUUGCGAUAA